AUGUCUCAGUUUAAGAAAACCGAUGGUAAAAUAUAUACCAAAACCGCGACCGCACUGUCGCCGGACACGCUCUAUUGGAAAAAGCUAGGGGUUCCCACGUUGGUGAAAGAAUUCGGUGCGAUCGACUACAUCGAUUUCAGUCCUGUAGAACCGUACCUGUUCGCUGUAACAGCGUCGGUUCGGGUGCAAAUCUACAAUCCAAUUACGAAGCUGGUGGUAAAAAACAUCACCAAGUUCCAGGAGGCAGCUCACGGUGGAUCGUUUCGCAAGGAUGGAAAUCUGCUGGUGGCGGGGGACGAAUUGGGCAAAGUUCGACUGUUCGAUGUGACCACCCGUACGAUACUGCGAUUCUUUGAAGGUCAUAAAGCUCCGGUACAUCGGACGUUCUUCACUGCGGAUGGCCACCAUUUGGCAAGUUUUUCGGACGAUCGUACCGUAGGGUACUGGGAUAUUGCAACGGAAAACCAUGUGCACACAUUUACCGGGCAUGAAGAUUACAUUCGGGCAGGGUGCACGAGUCCAAUCAGUCCAAACAUAAUCCUGUCCGGUGGUUACGAUCGUAAAAUUCGAAUGUACGAUACACGGAUAAAAGACACCGUCAUGACGGUCGAGCACGGGCAACCGGUGGAAUCGCUGGUGUUUCUACCGAGUGGUGGCAUAUUCAUCAGUGCCGGCGGUACGUCUGUAAAUGUGUACGAUGCCCUUACCGGAGGACGCCAGUUGGCGCAACUUUCCCAGCACCACAAAACCGUAACCUGUCUUCAGUUAGCCAGCGAUGGCAAGCGUCUCCUCUCCGGCAGCUUGGACCGCCACGUAAAGGUGUACGAUAUAGCGACGUAUCAGGUGGUACACACGAUCAACAGCUCGAACGCGAUUCUGAGUCUUGGUAUCUCGAAAAACGAUGAAACACUCGUAACGGGCAUGGUGGAUGGAUUGAUCGCCAUAUACCGGCGCGAAGGUGAUCACCGAGAUGAACCAACAAAUCGGUCACGCAAGAAUCGCCAGAAGGAUAUUUUUGAAGGCGUCGACCAGCAGGUGGAAGAGUUCAGAUACGAACGGAUCGAAGGGCACGAUCGGAUGCUGCGAAAGUACGAAUACAAGAAGGCACUCGAUUCGGUUAUGAUUAUGAGUGUACGUGGAAAGUGGCCGGAGAAAACUGUCGCCCUAAUUAAGGAGCUUAUCCGACGGAAAGGUCUGAGACGUGCGCUCGAAGAUAGGAAUGCCGGCUUUUUGGUUACUUUUAUAAGCUUCAUCAGGCGCUACAUUGGCGACUAUCGUUUCACGCCAACGCUGAUCGAUGCGAGCAAUAUUUUACUCGACGUUUACGAGGAUACGUUCGAACAGUUUGCCGGCACUACCGCGGGCAAAGCGUUCGUAGAGCUUGCGGAAAAGCUACGGACGGAGGAACAGCUGGUGCAGGAAUGUUUAAACCUGCAGGGCACCCUGGACAUGCUAUCCAUUGCGGCUGAUACGGCGGAACCGGAAAGUGAAGACGAUGCGAGCAAACCGUACGAUGCAUCGAAAAAGGCAAAAACUCAUACGGUCAUAUCGGUGGACUGA